AUGCCUCCCAAGCCACCGAACGGAGAGCUUGCCAGGGAGGCAGCCAGAGGCUUCUCGGCGUGCGCCAAUCCUCCAGUCUCCAAAGCCGGGCACUUUCGAGAAACGCCAGUCAAGGUAGUCGUAGGGCCCAGCAACAAUUCCAAAACCUUCUACCUCGCACCAACGCCGCUGAAGGCCACAUCACCAUACUUCAGAGCGUGUCUGAGCGAAAAUUUCAAGGAAGGCGCCGAGAACCUCGUCAACCUCCCUGACAUCGACGUAACCACCUUCGAGUCUUUCAUCGAGUGGCUGUUUGGCGGUUGUGAGAAGCACGACAAAUGGUACGAUGUCCAGCAUCUCGUCCAAUUGUGGAUUCUAGGAGACAGUAUCAUGUGUAAAGGUCUGCAGAACACAGCAAUCGACAUCAUGCGAGCCUCAUGCUCUAGUUACCCGAUCCAUACAACUAUGAUGCUCCAUCGGUCCCUAUCCUUCAUCAUCGAACAUACACGCGAAGGCUCGGUCCUGUUCGAGUAUGCCAUUGAUUCGGUAGCACACGCUUUGACCCAAGUGGAAGGUCCGACCUUGAAUGAGCUCGAAACUUUGGAAGGAGGGAAGUACUGGGCGAAUCUGCCGGAUACGGUCAAGGUGGCAAUUCUUACGCGAUACUAUCACUACGUGCAACUGGGAUCGGCGGUUCCAAGUCCGUCUAGCUAUGGCGGCUGUUGCUACCAUGUACACGAUGGGAACGACACCACCGAUGGGUCGCGAGCCGGCAAAAACGUCAUACCCGAUCCGAUGGCAAAGAACAACCAGUGCAGCAGCAAGAAGAAGGGCAUACCGGGAGGCUUACAACCAGUUAAUACGCUGAAGUCGCGCAAUGAUGGUCUUUAA